AUGCCGACUCCUUUCAAAAAUACGAUGCCUAGCUCGCAGCAAAUCAAUGGAGACCGGGUCCUUUUCCCAAGCGAGCAGCCUCGUUUAAAUCCGAAUUCCGCUCUCCAGGGCCAAUCGCCGAACCUGGGCGACGAGGUCUUUCAUCAUUCCAACCUAUCACCCCACGAUGGCACAGAUAAUGGCUUGGGCCUUCAUGGGCUUCAUACCCCACAGACCUUGGAUCUCCACAAAAACAAUGGCAGUAACGACAGCCUUACAUUUCAGACGUACACUAAUCCCUUGGAUAACCACAUUAACUACGGUGUCCAUGGGCUAGACUUCAAUCCAACUGUCCUCCCAAUCUCCUACAAUCAAGGGAACGCGGACGAUCCUCAUGGUGCGGUUAUGGCGGCAUUCUUUCCAAACUCUGAUGGCGGGCCAAAGCUUGAUUCUCAUACUGAAGCCCCCUAUGGCACUGGAAUUGGGACUGGUAACCCCCAACCAAGUCAAAUUUCCAUAAAAGAGGAAGCACAAUCAGGCGGGGAAACACCCCAAAGAACCCCUCGCCCAGUUGUUCCCGGAAGCUCCAGCAAAGCUGCAACUAUAUCAGGGUCGAAUUCAAAGAUCAUACCACCCCCAAUAAAUACGGAUGCGCAGAGCCCGCAAAUAGGAGGCGGUGGUGGUGGUGGCGGAACGAAGAGUCAACAUAACACUUGGAGAAGAGGAAACAAAGGACGGACCCCGUUAUCCGUCAAACGAUCACAGUCUACUCCCAAUGUUCAACUUGCGGCACAGCUAGCAGCAGCGAGCGCUGUUUCCGCCCCCCCGAUACCCUCGGCAAACACGACGGAUGACAUCUCACCCGUCACUCUUGCGUACCAGCUUGAUAAAAAGCGAAACAAAUUAGGGUACCAUCGGACUUCUGUUGCAUGUGGGCACUGUCGGCGACGCAAAAUAAGAUGUAUCCUUGCGAAGGACGAAAGCGGACGUUGUUCCAACUGCAUACGGCUCAAGAAGGAAUGCAGUUUCUACCCAGUAGAAUCUGCAGACCGCCGGCCCCGCUCGGCCUCGAAGCCAGAAAUAUCUUCACAAAUCUUCCAGGACAACUGCUCAUCGCCUUCUUCACCAACUCGGUCCCCCAGACUCAGCGUUGAUCAAAUAAACAUGGCCCCGGUAUAUGAUGGAAGUUUAUAUCCAUCGUCUCUGCCAAUCACGCCAAAUUACGAGUGUGAAACACCGACCUCCACGUUCGAUGAAACCUACAGGAACAGGAGCUUUUCUUCCAGUAGCCGGGCCUCCUUGGCGUUUUCGAACUCAGGUUCGCGCCGGCCGAGCCUUGCACACAUGUUCACAGCUCCUCUGCCCUCCCGGGAGUUUCGGUCAUUAUCAGAUGCCUCUCCUACAUAUAUGGAAACAUUUUCUAGUUUCGCCUCACGGUUUGGGAAUAGUACGAAGGCCAUUGGGAUUGGGAUCGAAGACCCCACCUCUUCAUUUUGGAGGCUCGAGAAUGCUUCCAACAACUUUUCACCACUCUCCCAACAUAUCAAUUUCGGCGGGAUGCCAUCAUUACAAGAGGAUUCUGUUCGACAUGAGCGUCUUAAUUCGGUUGAUAAUGGGGUUGGGCCCAUGGCCCAGAGCUACGCAGAUCCGGGCCUUUUUUCUGUUGGAUCAGACCCACCGAUUGAAAAUAUUAUCUCCCAUGCCGCCAAAGCGGUUAUGGAUGUACAGACGAGUCAAGCCUUUAUUGAGGGCGCAGAAGCAUUUCCGGUAGAUGGCGGCUAUGACCUUCCAUGGAAUGACCCAAGCAAGGGCGGGGCUUCUGGUAUAGCACACAGUUCCAGCCUCGCGGAAAACUGGUUCUUACCACAGCAGUCUAUCACCGACAUGGUCUGCGACCCCGACUCACUCCAACAUCUCAACCAAACAGCGCUUGGAGUUAAGCAUGAGUGA